UUUUAGUAAAUUUUGAUUUUUCUUAAACAAACUAAACAAGUCGAACGUCUCGACUUAUAAAAUGUUAUUUAUAAUAUAUUUUUUAUACAUUUUAUUUUUGAUAAAUUGUACAAAUUCUGAUGUAAUAAUUCAUCGUCCAACAGAAUGUUUUUACGCUGACGAAAUUGAGAAAUGUCUUCAAGAAAAGUGUCCUUUACGCUCCAAUGAGAAGUUUACCGCCAGCAAUGGAAUGUGUAAUCAGCAAUGUCACAACCAAUACCCUUGCAUAAAAGUUAUAACACCAGGUUGCGAAUGUGAAUCAAAUUAUUGCCGAAAUCAAAAACAAGAAUGUGUUCCAAUUGCAAUUGAUCGGCAAUCUAAGCCAUCUGAAUCGGAAGAUUUUGUUAUAACAUAUUUUGAAGAUAUGUUAAAGAAUUUAUUUCAAUGGUAUUUGGAAAAUGUUGAUUUGCAAAAGUAA